AUGGGUCCCAAGCAAGAUAACGUGCAGCGACUGUUGGCGGCCGAGCAGAAGCGCAAUGCCAUCAUCGCCGAUGCGAAGGCCCGCAAACAGGCAAAAGUCCGUCAGGCGAAGGCAGACGCAGAAGAGGAGGUGGCCGCAUUCCGCCGCGAGAAGCAGCAGGAGUACGAGACUUACAGACAACAACAACUCACAGGCGCAGAUGCGGAAAACGCGGAAUUGGCGCGCAGUACGGAUGUGCAAAUGGAUCAACUCCGCACACUCGCCGCGCAGCGCAUGCAGUACGUGGACAGUAUGAUGGCAACACUCAUCCUUAACUGUGGACAACCAUGA